AUGACGAAUCAAACACUAAAACGUCUGAAGCAUAGGUCUAACUCAUGUAGUGGAUCCAGAUAUUAUUUGUGCAUAUUUACACGCGGUUGUUUGGCAAAUCUCUUCUUCCUAUCCUUCACUAGGGAAAGCAAGACAGAUCGAAAGUUACGCACUAGGAUUUCCAAAAUGACUGUGUCCGUGUCUGUCCGUGGUUCGAACCCGACCUCUGCCUCUCAAAUCCCUCUGUCUAGGUUUGGACAACCUGGCAGUAUUUCAGCCCUCGUGUUUCCUUUGAGUGACAUGGUAGCUAGAUACCGAAGGAUUUCGAAGGUUCGGUCUUCUCAAUCACACGUGAUCGUUGUCUUUCAACCACUGUUGGCGAAUAGUCCAGGUUUUGAGUUGCAGUUCCCACUCCUGACACGCUUACUUCUGAUGUUGUCAGAUGUUUCAUCCAAACGGUUCCAAUCUUUGCGAUACCAGAAUUUAUCCACUUUGAUAGGGGAUCGUCAUUCUGUCUGCGGAGUGAUUACCAAUCCGUGGUCCGUGGUUCGAAUCCGACCUCUCCUGUCUACGCUUGGGAAACAUGGAAGUAUCCCAGCCCUCGUGCUUUCUUCGGGUGGCAUAACAGCUAGGCACCGGAGGGGUGUUAUAGCUGAACGGUCAAAUAUUGAAUUGGCGAGACUCCCUGGAGAACUGUCACUGAAGAUUACAUAUCGGGAAAUUGUUCUACUCAGUCUUCACUCAGAUCAUUUUCCACGCGCGCAGUGUUACCUUACUAUGCGCCUAGCUAAAUACCCAAGAACCUGUCUUCCAGAGUGGAUAGGAAAGGCCGCCAGAGUAUGGCCCGCUUGUGGAGGUCAAGCUUGUGAUGUGAAACCCAGAGUGUGCUCAUUUAACGCAUAUCGAUGGCGAAUAACACACUGUUUGGCUUCGCCGUUUAUCUGCCAGAAAUGUAAAAGCAUCAUCUAA